AUGCUCAUCCGAUCUGCCCAUUCGUUUCCCAUCAACCCGUCACUCAGUGGAGCAGUGGAAAAAAUAAGCGAGUCCGCGAGGGAGCCACAUACGGAAUGGCCGUCCUCCGCCCCCGCGCCAACCAAAGGCGCGCGCGCUCUCCGCUCCGCCACCGCCCGCGCCCGCUCCCGCUCCCGCUACCGCAUCCGCUUGGGCCGCCUCCGAUGUCAGCAACUUCCACCAGCAUCAGCAACUUGUCUCCUC